UACAUAAUUCAUGGAGAAUCAAACAGCGAAACAGCUGAUUCGUUUUACUGUAGAGCACAUGUCGUGGUAGAACGUUAUAAUAUUACGUUAUUUUUCAUGCAAAGUAAUGAGGUUUUAACAAAAAUCUAAAUACUUGCAUCUUAAGAGAAACAUAUUAUAUGUAUUUAUUUGAAGGUGCGAUGAAAAAGAAAGGAUUGUAAGUUGUUUUUAAAGAAAUUUUUGUCUAAGAAAAAUGGCUGACCGUGAUAGCGCAUCUGAAAGCGACUCAAGCUCGAUCGACGGAGGUCCGAUAAUGAUGCCACCGUCUCCUGUAACUAGAGAACAACUUCAAAAAAGGAUUGAGUCGUUACAACAGCAUAAUCGUGUUCUUAAAGUCGAGCUAGAAACAUAUAAAUUAAGAGUAAAAGCGUUACAAGAAGAGAAUCGUGGUCUUCGGCAAGCCUCUGUCAUUAUACAAGCUAAAGCUGAGCAGGAGGAGGAAUUUAUAAGUAAUACGUUAUUAAAAAAAAUCCAAGCACUUAAGAAAGAGAAAGAAACAUUGGCGCAUCAUUAUGAACAAGAAGAAGAAUGUUUAACUAAUGAUUUGUCAAGAAAAUUGAAUCAAUUGCGUCAAGAAAAAUGUCGAUUAGAACAAACUUUAGAACAAGAACAAGAAUGUCUUGUGAACAAAUUAAUGAGGAAAAUAGAAAAACUUGAAGCUGAGACACUUGCGAAACAAAGUAAUCUAGAGCAGUUGCGUAGAGAAAAAGUAGAACUGGAAAACACACUUGAACAGGAGCAAGAAGCAUUAGUAAAUAAAUUAUGGAAAAGAAUGGAUAAAUUGGAAGCAGAGAAGCGAAUGCUGCAAAUAAAAUUAGAUCAACCUGUAUCAGAUCCUGCUUCACCAAGAGAAAUCAAUAAUGGUGAUACUGCUACUAGUUUAAGUGCACAUAUUCAAACUCUAAGGAGUGAAGUAGCCAGACUAAGACAUACUUUGUUCAUCUCACAACAAGAACAUACAGAGAAGAUGCAACGAUAUGUAAACGAAGAGAAACAAAUUCGUGAAGAAAAUUUAAGACUUCAAAGAAAAUUACAGCUGGAAGUAGAACGUCGCGAAGCUUUAUGUAGACAUCUUUCCGAGUCAGAGUCCAGUUUGGAAAUGGAAGAAGAACGGCACUACAAUGAAAUUGUGAUGUCUGGUGGAAAUAUAAGAAAUCGUACUGUUUCUAGCCCAGUGCCGUACAAUCCUUCACCUAGUUCCUCUAGACCACUAAGUCCAGGUUCAUCAACCAGAGAGGGAUUUAACACAAAUCGAUGUUAUGCUUGUGGUCAACCUACUACAAUUCCAUUUGCAAGUUCAUCACCACCUUCCACUGGUCACAUUGUAACAUCAUCCAAUAGACGCACAUCAGAUAGAUUUAUUAAACCUGCAAUUCCACCAACUAUUGUAAGUCCAAGUGGUCCGCCAAUUGCCGCUAACACAGCUACAAACGCAACUAGCGGGUCACCAAUGGAUAUUACUAAAACAUAAGUCAGUUGAAUUCAUCUAAUAACAAAUAUUUCAUCGUGUAUUCGUAUAAAGUACUUUUUUGUUGAUGCAUUUUUGCUAUGUGAUUGUAUGACAUACUCAAAAGUUAUUUUAAAAAGAGUUUCAGUUUUCAAUAUUUUAAUCAUUUCAUUUUACAAUCAUAGUAUAGCGCGCAUGAAUUAAUUACAGAAUAUUCAUAAAAAUAAAUAGUCUAUAAAUUGCUCUAUACUUGGUAUCAAAUCGCUUAAAUCUUUCUUGAAACAUAAAAUAGUAUUUAUAUAAAAAAAAAAAAAUAUUAAUAUAAAUCACAUAUGAAAUUCUGAGCUGCUUCAAAUAGACUAACAAAAUGAAAAU